GAAAACAACAACAAUGUACAAUAUUCUCAAGCCGCCAAUUGACAAACUUGAUGCGACUGCACGGUGAAAUGCAAUUCUCGAAUGGAAAUUGAGACAAGCAAAUCCUCCACCCCUCCAAGAAAAAAAAGGUGCUCAUUUUCUUGUGGCCAUGGCCAUGGAUGAUUAAGUAGUAAUUGUGAUUGAUCAUACAGAAUGUCGCACUCAGAUGGUGAUGGUGCUUAUAAAGGGGGUCGCGAGGCGCGGGUAGUUAUGAUAUAUGUCUGUCAUAUAUACUAGCAGCACUAGUCAUUAUAAGUUAUAGGCUUCUCUUGUGCUGCUGCUGCUGCUGCUGCCGCCUGGUUGUAGUACUGGGAUCCUCUUUCGGAUUGAUCCUCUGUUAUUAGUCAAUAGAUAGACAUCAGGCCAUGGGUUUUAGGAGCGACCUAUUGAUAUGCACGACCUUGGAAUGUGAAACCAAGGAAGAAAUGCUGGCUGCCAUUCACAGAGCAAAGGAAGAAGGAGCAAACCUUGUGGAACUCUGCAUCGACUCCAUGUCCUUCUCUCACAUUUCGGAGGUGGAAGGCCUUUUGAGACAGAGAACUUUACCUUCCAUUGUGUCUUUCAGGUCGAAUUUUCGCAGGGGAAGAGGGUGUUCAUCAAAGAAGACAGGCUUGCAAGUUCUGAGGCUUGCCGUGGAAUUGGACGUCGAAUUCGUCCGAGUGGAAUUCGAGAUGGCUAAGGAAGAGGUUAUUACUGAGCUAAUGAGCAGACGAUCAAAUAGCAAGAUAAUUAUCUCAAACUACAUCAACAAUGGUGGCGGCGGCGGUACUCUUUGCAAAGAGAAGCUUGGGAACAUCGCCAUACUUCUGCAAUCUACGGGGGCAGAUGUCAUCCAACUUGUGGUUGAUGUGGCUUAUAUUACUGACGUCGCUCCACUUUUCCAUUUGCUUGCCCAUUCUCAGGUACCGCUAAUUGUAAGAGCUGUGGGAGAUAGAGGUCUCAUAAGCCAGUUAUUGGGCCCAAAAUAUGGUGCCAUUGUGGUCUGGGGAUCCUUAGGAGACAAACCUGUACUUGGGUUGCCUCCUUUGCGCAGCAUCGCACAAGUCUAUAACCUUGAAUUUAUUAAUCCAGACACAAAAGUUUUUGGUGUCAUUUCAAACCCAGUAGGCCAUAGUAAAGGUCCCCUUCUGCACAACCCUGCUUUCAGACACACAGGAUAUAACGGAAUUUAUGUGCCUUUGCUUGUUGAUAAUAUCAAGGAAUUUUUUAGGGUAUAUUCAAGCAGCGAUUUUGCUGGUUUCAGUGUUGGAAUUCCCCACAAGGAAGCAGCAGUAGGGUGCUGCGAUGAAGUUGAUCCCUUUGCUAAGUCUAUUGGAGCUGUAAACACCAUUAUUCGAAGGCCUACUGAUGGGAAGUUGAUUGGUUACAACACAGACUGCCAUGCUUGUAUAACUGCAAUUGAAGAAGCACUUAGAGAAAGACAAAUUAUCAAUGGGCAGGCAUCACAUACUUCUCCUAUUGCUGGGAAAUUGUUUGUCUUGAUUGGUGCUGGUGGAGCUGGAAGAGCUAUGGCUUUUGGUGCCAAGAGCAAAGGGGCAAGAGUUGUCAUUUUCAAUCGCAACUUCGAGAGGGCAAAAGCUCUUGCUUCAGCGGUAUCUGGUGAAGCUCUGCCCUAUGAAUGUUUAGACACAUAUUGCGCAGAGAAGGGGAUGAUUCUGGCAAAUGCUUCUGCUGUGGGGAUGCAGCCAAACGCAGAUCAAACCCCUGUUCCUAAGGAGGCCUUGAAAUCAUAUGAGCUGGUUUUUGAUGCUGUUUACACGCCAAGAAACACUCGACUGUUGCAAGAGGCUGCAGAGAUUGGAGCAAUUGUAGUAAGCGGUGUUGAGAUGUUCAUCAGACAGGCUCUUGGUCAAUUCAAAUUAUUCACUGGUGGAUUAGCCCCAGAGGACUUCAUGCGCAAGACUGUAUUGGAAAAGUUUUGAUUUGACUUGAGCACAAAAAAGAGCCAAUUUCCUUGAGAUUAUGGCAAGUCAAGCGUCGGGCCUCAUCUGAUGAAGCUGGUCAGAAUCGUACUGUAUCAUAGCAUUGCUUAUGAGCUUUAUGCACAGCAGCUUGUUACGGAGGAAUGAGCGAACCAAAUAUUGGAGUUUCUCUGUCUUUCCCCCCUUGAGAGUAAUUUGUCUGUUGUCUAGAUCUAUGAGCAAUAAUCACCGUAUAUAGAAUAUUCUCUUUUAAGGUGGCUAAUAUCUUGUAAUAUGAGAACACAAGAUGUUGAAAUAUUAGAAGGUCCUGAAGUACUGACUGCAUUAAAACGCGGGUUUUCUGGUCUUGAUAUGGUACUUGCUACCUGACAAAGUGGUUUUGUGGUCUCAACUCAAAGUAGUGUCGAUAGAGUUUUGGGGGUUUUUUGGUCUUAAAACUAGUACUGUAUUACCUUUUACUUUUGCUCUUUACUUUUUCUAUAGAAUCUCUGUGGUAA